AUGGAAACGGUGACCGGUAUGACGUAUUUGCUUACAGUUGUCAUGGCAACUAUACAGCUAUUGAGCGAUCCUGUCUUCUACUUUGGUAAAAUGUUUUUUCUUAGAUUUAAGUUAGUUUUGCUGUUAAACAUUUAUAUUGCAGAAGGCUUUGGAAUUAAUAGUAUUGGAAAUCUCUAUAGAUAUGUGUUAAAAGAAAUGAAUAGUACUGGACUGCUUUUGGUUUCUGAUCAGGCUUCAAUAAAAACUAGUUGGAUAGAUCUCCCAUUAGAUCAUUUCGACAUAAAUGAGAAGCGAAUGUGGAAGAUGAGAUACUUUGAACGUCAUGAUAUGUGGAAACCAGGUAACCCCAUUUACUUGUUCAUGAACGGAGAAGGCCCUGCAGGUUCGUAUUUUCUAAAAACUGGAAUAAUGUAUGAUUUAGCUAAAGAAACGAAAGGCGCAAUGUUCUUGUCUGAACAUAGAUAUUAUGGUAAAAGUAUGCCUCUAAAUAUUUCAAAUACUGAGAAUUUGAAAUAUUUAAGUUCAAGACAGGCUUUGGCUGAUAAUGCAAAAUUGUUGACAAGUAUUAAAUCGAUACCCAAGUUCAACGAAUCAAAAAUUGUCGUUAUUGGUGGAUCAUAUGCUGGCAAUUUGGCUGCUUGGAUGAGGCUGUUAUAUCCUGAACUGGUUGACGCAGCUAUCGCAAGUAGCGCACCUGUUUUAGCCAAAUUAGAUUUUUAUGAGUAUUUGGAGACUGUCAGCGAAGACCUGGAAGAGUAUGGGCCUACUGGUUGUUGGGACAAGGUAUCAGAAAAGUUUAAAAAAUACGAACAUCUCUUUUCGUCUAACGACGGAAUUGAAAUGUUAAAAAGAGAUGAAAAGAUAUGUACUGAAAAUGAUAUGUCCAAAGAGGAAAAUAAACAGUUAUUUUUCUUAGAUAAAGCAUCGAAUUUCAUGUAUCUAGCACAGUAUGGUGACCCUGAUAGAAUUCAUCGUUACUGUAAGAAUCAGAAGUCUUUUAUCCCAGAUGUUACGGACGAAUUGAACUUUAUAUGGAAUAGGAGAAGUAAUUGUUUUGAUUAUGACUUCGACAGUAUGAUAGAGAGUGUUAGGAAAAUCGAUUGGUAUUUAUCUUGGAUCUAUCAAACUUGUACUGAGUUUAGUUAUUUUCAAACCACAAAUUCGGAUGAUCAUCCGUUUACAAGGAACGUGCCAAUCGACUGGUAUUAUAAAAUGUGUACGAAGUUGUUCGGUUCAGAAUUUAAUGAAGAUAUGGUAAAGAAAGGUGUUGUUGAAACUAACAAAUUAUAUGGUGGAUUGGAUCUAAAUGUAACGCAAGUUGUUUUUGUAAACGGACAAAUGGACCCGUGGAGCAAGCUUGGCAUUCUUGAGGAUUUGUCGUACGAAGGACCCGCAGCAAUAAUUCCUCGAUCUUCGCACUGUAAAGACUUAUUCUCUGAUAGAUCUAAUGAUCCUGAGGAAUUAAAGGAAGUAAGGAGAUAUGUCAAAUAUUUGAUCAAAAGGUGGGUAGGUACUGGGGAAUAUAGAUCAUUCUCAGAUUAA